GUGACGUCAUUGAGCUUUCUGUGGACGUCUCGCGGUGCGGUCACGACUCGCGUCCUCUCGGUGGUACAUUUCCUCGAGACCCGCGCCUCCGUCUCCGAUUGUCACGCGCGCAGCGGCUCGCGCUGAGAUGCGGCAGCGGCUGCGAUCGUGGAAUCAUGAACAGGACUUUGUAUGCCGUGUCCACUUCCACACAGAUGUCCACCCUGAGCGCUCCCAGCAAUCUCUCCGCACCGUUCACUUCGGGCCAGCUCAUGAUGAUCGUGGCUUCCAUUUCUUUCCUAGCUAAUGGAGGGUCUCAGCCUCUGUUUUCCUUCCAUUCAGUUUCCUCUGUGGUGUUCUUCCUCCUGGUCUUGGUCCUCCUGGCCGCCCUUUAUCGCAGGGACCCGCAUUGCUGCAAAGCCAGGCCUUAUCAGGAACCUCAGCCAUACUUGGAUGCCCCUCCACAGUACUACAGUAAUAGUCAAACACUGGAGGGGUCAUCAUGUAAUGAACACAAUUUUGGGAUGAGCCGUGAAGACAGCGAGGCCCAGCAGCAGCUGUCUGGGCAGGUGUUUGUUAUUGGGCUGCCAAGCAGCUACUGCCUUCCAUCACGAGGGAUACCAUUUCCACGUCUUCCUUCCUAUGAAAGCGUGCGCAAGAAGGACCGCCAGAGACAGAUCCACAUGAUGAUCGCUGACCGGUUUGGCCUCAAUACCCCUGUCCUGAGAGAGCUGCCUCCAACCUAUGAGGAAUCUGUCCGUCACUCCGUUGCGCUGACCUGGGGGAGUCCAGAGCCCGCUGCCGUCUCCUUACCGCCUGUCACACACAGGCAACCUGAGAUGGAUCACACCUCGAGCACUCAAUGCUUCACACACCGCUCCAUUGAGGAGAGCUACAGUGCCUUUGACUGAGUGUGGGAGCCUUCUGCUAACUGUGACUGGGGGAGUGGGGGAUCACAACUCCUUUAUGAAAAAUGCCUUUAUAAUAUUGUAGAAACUACAUCUCAACAGCUGCUUGGUGCUCUUUUUCAACAAACUAAAGAAUUCAAGUAUAAUUUUGUUUGAAUGGUGCAUUACUGUAAAAAGGGAUUAGAUCAUCUGAAAAUUGUAUUAAGGUAUAUCAGUAAUAUUUGACUUGAUUCACUUCUGUGCCAAAGAGAUGUUAAUUCAUCAGUAAACAAAUAGUAUGGUUAUGCUGCUACCCAGCUACACUGAAAACUGGGGUCACUUUUUCAGCACAUAUGACACUGAGAAAAAAAGUGAUAAAAAGGUGAUUGUGUAGAUUUUUUGCAACACUGGAAGACAUGGAUGAGUUACUUACAACAAAGCAGAAAAUAUUUACCAUCAA